AUGGAAAGAAGCGGUUGGUUGGCCGUGCAAUAUCAAAUAUUCUGUGAUUUGACAGUAGCUGUUGUGUCCAAUUCUGUUUCUCUGCCUUUCUCUCUGUCCAUUUUGGUUUCUUUGCCUUUCUCUCUGUCCCCUUCUCUCUCUCCUUUUUUUCUCUGUCCACUUUUCUUUCUCUCUCUCUCUCUGCCCACUUUUCUUUCUCUCUCUCUCUGCCCACUUUUCUUUCUCUCUCUCUCUGCCCACUUUUCUUUCUCUCUCUCUGCCCACUUUUCUUUCUCUCUCUCUGCCCACUUUUCUUUCUUUCUCUCUCUCUGCCCACUUUUCUUUCUUUCUCUCUGCCCACUUUUCUUUCUUUCUCUCUGCUCACUUUUCUUUCUCUCUCUCUCUGCCCACUUUUCUUUCUCUCUCUCUCUGCCCACUUUUCUUUCUCUCUCUCUCUGCCCACUUUUCUUUCUCUCUCUCUCUGCCCACUUUUCUUUCUCUCUCUCUCUGCCCACUUUUUUCUCUCUCUCUGCCCACUUUUUCUCUUCUCUCUCUCUCUGCCCACUUUUCUUUCUCUCUCUCUCUCUCUGCCCACUUUUCUUUCUCUCUCUCUCUGCCCAGUUUUUUCUCUCUCUCUGCCCAGUUUUUUCUCUCUCUCUGCCCAGUUUUUUCUCUCUCUCUCUGUCCAGUUUUUUCUCUCUCUCUCUGCCCAGUUUUUUCUCUCUCUCUCUGCCCAGUUUUUUCUCUCUCUCUCUCUCUGCCCAGUUUUUUUUUCUCUCUCUCUCUGCCCAGUUUUUUUCUCUCUCUCUCUCUGCCCAGUUUUUUUUUUCUCUCUCUGCCCACUUUUUUUUUCUCUCUCUGCCCACUUUUUUUUCUCUCUCUCUGCCCACUUUUUUUUCUCUCUCUGCCCACUUUUCUUUUCUCUCUCUCUGCCCACUUUUCUUUCUCUCUCUCUGCCCACUUUUCUUUCUCUCUCUCUCUGCCCACUUUUCUUUCUCUCUCUCUCUGCCCACUUUUUUUUUCUCUCUUUCUCUGCCCAGUUUUUUUUUCUCUCUCUCUCUGCCCAGUUUUUUUUCUCUCUCUCUGUCCAGUCCUCUCUCUUUAUCUCUGCCCACUCCUCUCUCUCUAUCUCUGCCCACUCCUCUCUCUCUAUCUCUGCCCACUCCUCUCUCUCUCUGCCUGCCCAGUUUUCUCUUUCUAUCUCUGCCCGCCCACUUCUUUCUCUCUGCCCUGCCCGCCCAGUUUUCUCUUUCUAUCUCUGCCCGCCCACUUCUCUCUCUCUCUGCCUGCCCACUUCUCUCUCUCUCUCUCUCACACUUUCUCAUGGUAUUUUAA